AUGGCGGACCACACAGGCCAAAAAAUGACUGGGCCGGCGUCGCCCGUUGUGGUAUCAAGCGCGUCAUCAAUAUCAACUGGCCCUCUGCCUUCGCCGGGAGCAAGCAGGCGGAACUCGCCUUCAGAUCAGAACACGAAUGCUACACAGGCUGAUCCCUCCAUGUCGACUCAACUGGCACAUCCGCCCCCGGCGGCACCGGCGACGCCUCUGACACCAGCGACCCCGAUUGCCUCUGGAGCAGCGUCUGCCCUGGGCCAACACAGUAACGCUGCGGCACAGAUGCAUCCGAGUGUGCAGACUGUACAUUUACGACCUCAGAUGCCAUCGUCGACAAUGGCUCAGGUUCAUCGACCGCCAAUCAACGGCUUUGGGCCGCCUCCUAUGCAACCUCAGCAGGGCCAAAGGCAAAGGGUUGCCUACCCAUCUCCGAGGGUGAACGACACGCAACUGUGUAAUUCGGCACAAUAUGUUGCGCUAAUCCAGCUGAUGCAGAGAACUGAACCCCACGUGCUGCGGCAAGUGAUUAGAGAUUAUCAUGAAACGUGUUUACUUGGUUCGGAGUAUCACUUAGCCUUUAUAUUUAACACGGCGAUUCACAAGGCCCACAAGCCAACAUUGACUCAAGCCAUCGCAGAUUUUGGCUCAAGGCUUGUUCAAACGUCAAAGCACCAGCUUAUCUCACACUUCACAGCAGAGGACUUGGAUGAAGUAGCAGAGGAGAUCCUGAGCAAGGCCAGCACCAACUUUUUGGACCAGGCCCUGGCCCGGCGGUUGGAGACCAUUCGUGCCCGUUCGCUGGUAAAUGCUCUGGCCCAGGCAGAGCGUCUUGGAUAUGAUGUCAAGGAUGCUGUCGAGGAGAGAAAGGAUGGAACUGAACAUGUUAUUCCGUACAUGAAGCAUGAUUUGGCCCAGCACCCGUCACAACAUGAGCAGCCUCGGGCACAGCCUCACCCGCAGUCUUUUGUGCAGCCUUCAAUACAAUCAGUUCAAAUUCAUUCUAUGCCAGCAAUGCCAGCCUCUACAUGGCCGGGCCCGCAACCGCAGGCGACGCAAAGACCAACGAAUAGGCACAGUUAUUCCACUUUGACUCAGUGUGGAGUCUGCAGACGUCCGUUAUCAGGUCCGGACGCGCUCGAAUUUCAUAAAUUGAAACAGGUUUGCUACGGCAAUUUCAGGACAAUUGACCGGGUUGGCAGAGAGAUUUGCCCUCACUGCGGAUCCCACUUCAGUACUGGUGGUUUGCCGUAUCAUAUCAAGACGCAAGCGUGUGGGAAAUACACCGAGAGGGACGCCUCUGCCCUUAUGCCAUCACUACGAAAUUUCUACCAAGAGCAUAUUUCUGCUGGACCCUCUGGAGCGGUCCAGGGCCCACGGUCAACGCCGUCGUCAACCCCAGAUCAGAGUUGGAGGCAGCCUGCCCAGUCAUCUGCCCCUGCCACUCAUUUCACAGCUGUAAACUCGGGCACGGCGGCGACGAUGACGCCUCGGAGUGCCUCUGCAACAGGGAAAGGCUCUGGCCCAUAUGCACACCUCUCGCCCGAGGACAGAGAUCGACUUAAAGCGGAAUUGACACAUACUGAAGUGCACUACGGUGCACUUUUGCGAAAGGCCAUGCAGCUUCCACAACCACAGCAAGAUGAAGAGGUAGCCAAAAUCAAGAACUGCUUCAAUACAAAACAAUCAACAACUCGCAGGAAGUAUGGGGUUAAACUUCGGGAAAGACGCACCAAAGCCGAAAUUGAGGCAGAGCGCGAGAGGUUGAUCACAGCACCACCAGAAGAAAAUCUUGGGCGGCGACAAGACGCAUCGGCUAGUCAAAAUGGGUCUGAACCAGUGGGAAAGAAGGCUCGUAUCAACGAAAGAGGCGAUUCUGCACCUACUUCGCAGCCUGCAGUCUCAAGCCCUGUUACUGAAUCACCACGGAAGCGAGUUCGACUGGCAGAUAUGGGUGGCCUAGGUGCAUCAGCAGCCACGGCAGAGCACAUAGAUCCUACCACUGCGGCAGCACAAGACCAUUCAGCGUCACAACCGCAACCAGCGAAGGAGUCACCUGGUAGUAAUGUUGUCGGAGCUACCCCAGACGCCCCGGCGAGUACAGGAGCACGCAACGACCCGAUGAAGCUCGACGACAGCACUGAUACCGAAGACUCAGACUCUGAGGAAGAAGAUGGCGAUAUCCCUGCUGUUUUGACUGAAAAGAUGUGA